GCCGAAGAUGUCGGCUCGGUCAUGUGAUCAGCUGUGUCCAAUCACAGCUGAUCACAUGGCACUGAUGAUCAGUGUGGCCGCAGAAGUGCCACCUGUCAGUGCUCAUCAGUGCCAGUGCCACAUCAAUGCCAUAUCAGUGCCCAUCUGAGCUGCCUUUCAAUGUCACCCAUCAAUGCCAAUCAGUGCCGCCUAUCAGUGCCAUGUAUCAGUGCCGCCUUUCAGUGAUACCUGUCAAUGCCCAUCAGUGCAACCUACCAGUGCCUCAUCAGUGUCCAUCAGUGCAGCCUCAGUGCCCAUCACUGCAGCCUCAUUAGCGCACAUUGGUGAAG